ACUCGAUUUGGGUGACACCAUGCCGCAUGGGCGGCAAAAGGCCUGUGCAGGAGGAGUGCCAGCGCAUCACCGCGCUGGGCCGCGGCUCCCAAUGGCGGCUUGCCCUCAGCGCCUUCGCGUCCUUCGGCGACAAAGACACUCCGCUCUUGAACGCUGCGGCGGCAGCUUGCACACGAGGCCUUGCCUGGGCUUCUGCGCUGAGCUUGUUGUCGGCACUGCCCAAGUGGAAGCUGCAAGGGGACCAGCUGUCAUUGAACUCGGCCGCUACGGCCUUCGAGAAGGGCUCGCGCUGGCAGCAGGCGCUGCGCCUUGCAGGCGAAGGUGGUGACAUCGCCACCUUCUCUGCCGCCAUCAGUGCCGUUGGAAGAGGUGGGGGUCCCUGGGCACUGGCGCCAGCGCUGCUGGCACGCGCGCGGUCGCAAGGCUUGCAGUUGGAUGUCAUUAUUUGCUCUGCCGCAAUCAAUGCUUCGGUCAAGGGCCCCCGCUGGGAGGUGGCCUUGGAGUUGCUGGAGUGGAUGCGCGAGCUACGUCUUCAGCCCAACCUGAUUUGUUUUGGCGCCGCCAUCAGCGCCUGUGGGAAGGGCAGGCACUGGCAGGGCUCCUGGGCAUUGCUGGAGGAGAUUUGGUCUAUGGAACUGAAGCCCGACUUGGUGAUCUUCAAUGCGGCGAUCACCGCGUGCGAAAAGGCGCAGCGCUGGGAGUUCGCCCUGGAACUCCUGUCGCUCAUCCGCGUUCAUCGCAUCUCUCCGGACGUGGUGAGCUUUAACGCAGCCGCAAGCGCAUGCGAGAAGCGAACUCAGUGGCGUUGGGCGCUUUGGGUCUACGACAGCUUGAUGAGGACUUUGCCUGAGCGAAAGAGAGGUUCACCGCGACGUUCAGGCGGACUUCUGAACAUCAGCAACGCCUGCAUCAGUGCCUGCGCCAAGGCGCUGUGUUGGCAGCAUGCGUUGCUGCUGGCGCAAAACAUGGAGCAACCGGACAAGGUGACAUACAACGGCCUCAUCGCCGCCUGUGCUGCCCCCUCGGGGUUCCGGUGGCAAAUGGUGUUGGCAUUGCUGGCGCAGAUGGGAAGGCCCGGGGCGGACGUCCUGGCAGUUGCUGCGGACGCCUGCCUGGCCGCGUGGCAAAGCCGGCGGGCCAGGUUGCUUAUGGACACCUUGGAGGAGUCUUGCUCGCAGGGCGCCCGGUUGGACUUGUCAUGGGGGACCAUCUCUGGCAGUUCCGGAGCGCGGCCGGCCGUCACGGGGCCGCCGGGGUCGGAGAUCCAUCGAUCGCGGUGGAUUUCCGAUGCUCCGAUGGCGCGGGCUCCGACGCCCAGCCGCUUUCAGGCGGUUCGUGCCAAGCUCAACAGUCUGAGCUAUGUGCAGCCGCUUACUGAGGAGUCGCUGGCACUGGUCGAGCGCUUACUCGAAGACCUGCUGAAGUCCGCCGAGUGCGGUCGCCCAAGUCCGCCAGCAAUGGUCCGCCACGACCUCCAGCGGGCGGCGGUUUUUCAACUGGAGCGCAAAUGGUCCUUCCGGCUGCUGGAACAAACUUCAGGGCGCCAUGAGCAGCAGAUGCAGGACGUGACUGAGGAGCUGAAGCGGCUCCACGAGGAACAUCCGCAGUUGCUCAAGGAGAACAUCGAGCUGCACAGGCGGCUGCUGCAGGAAAGUCCGGACCUCGAUUUGCGGUCACAUCUGGUUCCUGGGUGCCAGGGAGGGUCCGGCUGA